AGCAGCGAAAAAACACUUCACGGAGCUUCACUUCAAGCGCUAUAUUGCACGAACGAAAGGCGUUUCUACUAGCAACAAAGGAUACUAGCAGAUUUCGGAUUGUAGUGCAAACUCCUGGACCCGUAUGCCGUGAGCACUGUUUGCGAUAAAAUCCUUGGCGCAGCCCAAAGCCUGGUGAAACGAUGUGACUGCCUUCGGGGGCAGACACGCGACACUGUGCAAUACCGUGCGAUCAUUCUUUUUCCGGGCACGGAGCCGUUCCCCUUUACGUGGCUCCACUAGACACCGACGGACCUUCCCAGCAAAAGGUAUAACACUGUAUCGUUUCUUCGUAAGGCGUUUCAUCCAGUUGGUCAACUUUUCAGUCAGCACCUGGUUUAACGCACCGGCUGACCAUGUCGAUAACGUUCGAGCAAAUCAUUCUGGACGCUAAACGGAUCGCUAACCGCCUGAAGGACCGGGAGGCGCUCGGAGACGCACUGCUGCUGGAGUCGGAAACCGUUAAUAAGCAGAUCGAAUCCAUGCGCCAGUUCCAGGAAGACAUCGACAUCCUGAACCGGUUGGCGCGCGAACGGUCCAACAACCAGCUAAUCACGAUUAUCCACCAGGAGAACCCGCAGAUCCGCGAGAUACAGCAGGAGAACCGGCUGCUGAAGUCGGCCCUCGAGGACCACCAGCAUGCGCUCGAGCACAUCAUGUCCAAGUACCGGGAGCACACGCAGGCGAAAAUACUAAACACGAAGGUGAACUUUGUCGAGGCGUACAAUCGGCACCACCAGGCAGCCGACAUCGAGCGGCGCGACGAGUUGAUCCGGCAGCAGACAGCCAAAAUUCAGGAGAUGGCCGCCGUGAUGCAGCGAGCCUCGCAGCUCGACGAGGAGAAGCUGAACCAUGAGCAGGAACUGCUCAGCCGGUUGAUCACGGAAAACAAGGGCCUACGGGAGUUGCUGGAAAUCUCGCGCAAAUACGGUUCGGGCGAGCAAAAGAUGCUGAUGGAUGAGAAGGGCACCCAAACCGACAGCACCCUGCUCGAGGGGUUGUUGGAGUCGGCCGUGGCGGCCCGGUCAAUUCAGACGAAAGUCGCGGGCGGCCCCCUGGGAACCAACCAAGCGCCAGCCGCAAGCGUGGCACCCACGGCCCCGUCAUCCAGCAUCACCAGCAAUGUCAGUGCCAGUCCACCACCAGCAGUGAGUAGCGCCAACGGUCCGCUGCCCUCUACUGUGCCAGUCACCACUACCACGAACACAGCCCCGGCCUCUGCCACAUCCAGCUCGUGACGCGAUUCGGGAGAAUGUCAGACGUCGGUUCUGUUCUGUUGCCAAUCGGCCAUUUUAUAGGCAUAGUCGUGUUUCCCUAGAUCGCUCGUAGACGGGACUCCGCUCCUCGACCGUGUUCCGAGAGACUCGACACCACAAGUAAACACACAACACCAACCAUCGUUUGCACGCGCACCAACCACGUGAAACGGCAACGAAGAAGAGCCUAUCCAUUUCCCAUAUUUGUUUGUUUUCACCGAUUGGCGUUUUCAGUCACGGAAAAAGCAUCCAGGAUCAGUUUGAGCACCAACACACACACACAGGACGCACAAGCACCGGCAGAGUUUAGGUUAAAUGUUGUCCAACCGGGAGUACCGCGAAUAAAUGUUUGUUUUUCCACUUUGCUCUUUUUCGUUGAUUACGUUCCGUUUAUCGUUGAUAGGACGCUCUCGGAAAAACGGCAAACCAACAUUUGUUUAAAAAUACGGUCAAACGCCGCUUUCGGCGGUGGGUGGACGGUUGAAAAGGAUCAUAAAUGCGGCAAACUAUUCACGGUACCCCAACCGUGGGACAAAAUGGUAACCAAAACGGCGAAAAGUGCGUCAAUGAUGUGAGUAAAACAUACGCCCUUCCGUUAUCAUUGGCCUUUUUCCGUGUAUUCUACUGUACUCCGAUAAGACAUGAAAAAUGAGUCGACGCGAUGCGAGAGGUAGUAGCGAAAGGAACUCGGCACCACUUUCAAUAAAUAAA